GUUCAUUUUAAAACAGAGCUAAGAACAAGGAAAGAACUAAGUAAACAAAAAUUUCCGCUGAAUUUGCAAAAGUGUACACAUUAAGAACUAUAAUUGCUUGAUUGUUGUUGCGUGUUAAUAAACUUCACUUGAGCAGUCAACAUUCAAAUUGAAAAUAUCGCUCUACUAGAUGUGUUUUACCGAGUGCUUUGUGAACGAAACGAAUUCACGCGUAAAAUCGACGCACAUCAAAAAAAAUACCGUGGAGCACAUGUGGACUGUGUAACUCAUUUCUAAGUUUUCCAAUAAGACAUUUUGUACAAGGGUGUCAUGCUGUUGGUCAGAAACGAAAAAGUUACUUUGCGGGACGCCAUUUGCAAUUUUUGGAUGCCAUAAUCACAGCUCGGAUGAUUUUCUCUUCGUAGUUAACUGCGCUUUUAAUUUCGUGUGGUUCAAUAUAUAACUCAGUUUACAGAUCCGUUCAAAGUUCCACGUUGAUUCUUCUGCAUCAUGUUAAGUGGCCUCGAGUGCAGCACGUAUUCCCUCAACAAAUAAAAACUUAAAAAACCGACGACAUAUUGCACGAAAGGAAAAAAACAACAAUGUCAAAUGAUUUCGUUAGUGCAUCAAAUUGUGUGAAGAUGUCUCCACUUCCCAUUUCGCCAGUUCCCGACACAAAUAUACCUGCAACCACUCUCCGUACACAAAUUCUGAUUUCGUAGGUAAUUUAGUUACCUUUUGCGGAUUCUAAGAUCAACGACUGUUCCACUGGAAUAAUGCGUUUAAAUUUUGAAAAACUAUUUUCCUGCAAUAAACGAAGAAAAUUGCCGUGCGAAAUACGAAUCAUGCCAUAGCGUCAUUUUCCUUUUGUAUUUCGAAUGAGUAAAGCUGCUACGUUAUUACAGGAAUCAACGGUGCUUUAUGAGACCUUAAAACACAGCCUUGGCAAAAAUUGCAAUAGAAAUACAUCCAUUUCUAAAUAAUUUCCUUAGAGGCAUCCACAAAGUAAAAUUGCAUCUCGAAAAUCCUAAAUAGCGAACUAUUUUCAACGAAUAUCCAGUUUAAUGGCAAAAGAAAACAAAUGCAGUACCUUAAGUAAGUUUGCAGAAUUAGUGCAUCAAAGUUCAAAGUUUACUAAGUUAAGAUUCUCCACUUCCCAUUUCGCCAGUUCCCGACACAAAUACACUUGCAACCACUCUCCGUACACAAAUUCUGGUAAUUUAGUUACCUUUUGCGGAUUCUAAGAUCAACGACUGUUCCACUGGAAUAAUACGUUUAAAUUUUGAAAAACUUUUUUCCUGCAAUAAACGAAGCAAAUUGCCGUGCGAAAUACGAAUCAUGCCAUAGCGUCAUUUUCCUUUUGUAUUUCGAGUGAAUAAAGCUGCUACGUCAUUGCAGGAAUCAACGGUGCUUUAUGAGACCUUAAAACACAGCCUUGGCAAAAAUUGCAAUAGAAAUACAUCCAUUUAUAAAUAAUUUCCUUAGAGGCAUCCACAAAGUAAAAUUGCAUCUCGAAAAUCCUAAAUAGCGAACUAUUUUCAACGAAUAUCCAGUUUAAUGGCAAAAGAAAACAAAUGCAGUAUCUAAAUUCCACGUACAUUCAUCUGUAUUACGACUAAGUGGUUUCGACUGCAGCAUGUGUGUCCAGUACAACGGCCCUGCACUCUCUCAGCAUGCAAAUUCUUGCAAAGCCCAUGAUAUAUCGCACCAACAGCAAUAUCAAAAGGCGCAGAAAUGCCAAACGAGUGAUGGCGUCAGUGCUAUAUUGGGGACAUCAAACCCAAUUAAAAUCUCAGUCACACUACCCAUUUCUAAUGUGCAAAACUAUGAUGAUAACCAGGUGUCUUUACCGCGACUCAAUAUCUCUCCAAUUUACCUGCAACCACCAACUGAACAUACAAAUUCUAUUUGUAAUAGUGGUUUAAUUGCCAAUCGCGGUGCACACCUGUCAAAUUCCUUUAAUUGUCUUACAACUAGCAAUAUUGGAGUGGGUCAUGACAAAAAUGCAGCCCUUGGUGAAAUGGGCGGUAUGCGCCGUUUUCCACCAACAUCAAGUUCAGAUUCACAUCUUGAAACACAGUCCCACUGCAAAAAUAUAUUUAAUUUUUGCCAAGACUUUCUACAGCAGCCGACAGAGACAACUACUGUGUGCAACACUCGUCGUCCGCCCUUAUCACCAUACCGUGUACGCAGUCCUUCGCCUUUUCCUAGUUCAAUGGAUACACCGCCUUCUUCACCACUAACACCAGUUGCAGUACUCUACAAUUUGCCAAACUUUCUACUGAUACCAGUGUUGCAUUGGCUGUACGCGGAAUCCUUGAUGCCCGAUAUGGAUGAAAAUGCCUGUGAGAAAUUAAUAAAUUUUGCGGAGACCCAGCCAUCUCUUACGAAAAUGGUGGAGCCGACGAGAAAGUAUCUUAAGCUCAUAAAGCUGAAGAAAUUUGUGGUAAACACUCUGAUGGAUUCGCAUGCCGUGCUCAACCAUAUAAUACAAGCAAUCAACCCAGUUACGAUAUUACACGAACCCGCCUCACUCUAUGCGACUUUUAAAGACUGCUUGAGGGAGUCUGCAAUCGGAUGUGCCAAGGUGUUGCAGUUCUGUAAUAUUUUCAUUCGAGACGCCUCGGAUAUAUCGCGCUACCAGAAAAACGAAAUCAUCAAAUACGUGCGCACACGUAUUCCGAUUUUUAUGUCGCAGAUUCAUCAACUCCUGCGAAAUAUUUUGAAUGUUUUCACGAGUCUAACGGCAGAAGAAAAGGCGGAAUUAGUGAAUUAUUUAGUACCUGAAAUCGAAUCUGCACUAGUAAUAUUAACUGAUGUCGUUGAGGAAAUAAAAAACUCUUUGGAAAAAAUGUGUAAAGAUAUCAAUUGUUCACACUUGGAUUUAACGGCGCGACAGCACACAGAUAGCGCACUUGCAAUACAAACACAAAACAAUGCUUUCAUCAGUGCAAAUGUGGGCUUAGAAGACAACGGGGCACCGUUGUUCAGUCCGCCACCCAUGUCACCAAGGCCACGACGUGGCCCACCCGUGGGCUUGACACUUUACGAUAAUCCAACAGACAAGAAACGCCUAAUGACAGCGGAAAAUGAUUUAAAAUUUGUUUUGUAUAUGUAUGAAGUACGAAAGAUGCGUGAUAUUUAUGGGCGGAUCGCCACGGCACUCGAAAUUAUUAGGGACAAAAAAACGUCGUUCUGCGAAAUGGACUUUUUAAGUAAACGGAGCACGAUAAAUCAAAAUUUGGAACAGCUGAUCAUAGACAUACCCGCAUACAUUUUGAUUAUGGAAAAUCUUUCUGAUCGAGUUGACGAAAAAUUGGGUUGGAAAGAAUUCAAAUUCUGUUUUAAACUGGCGACAAGCCAAAUCAACGGCGUGAUUGUUAAGCUGCUCGACCACAAGUCUGCGUUACGUGACUCCAUUAGCAAUGUAUGCAAGCGCGUGCAAAAGCACGAAUUCACGGAAUCCUUAAUUGAACUCGGACUUUUGGAAGCUUCCAACAUACUUGAGCAUGAAUUAAAGCUACCAGAGUUGGACAACAACAUGGAUGCUGCAUCUGACGAUUUCGCUAUGGAACGUCGACGCUCAUAUGACUACAAAAAUGUUAAGUUGAAUCUAACGAAACAUCUGUGUGAGCCGCCCAUUGCCGCCAAUAGCAAUUUAUCGAAGAACGCUUUGCGUCUGCUGCACUCAGCCCAACUGGCGGACAUGGAAUUUGAGGUGCACACCUACACGGAAAGUAGCACUCAGUUGCCUGGCAUAUCGAUUUUGAACAAGGAUUGUUUUGAAGUGAUCCAAUCACCACAUCCGGUGCAAUUACAGCGGCCACCAACCCAAGUGCACACAUUUCGCGCGCAUAGAGUGAUUGUUUCAGCGCGUUGCGAGUGGUUCAAAAAAGCGCUACUAUCCGGCAUGCAGGAGAGCAUCAAGAGAAAAAUCAUCAUAACUGACACUUCGCCCGUGAUCUUUCGCCGCUUAUUGCUCUACAUCUAUGGCGCACCUAUUGAUAAAACGGUAGGAGCCGAGCAAAUUUGCGAAUUAAUGCUCCUUGCUGAUCGUUAUUCAAUUUGUGACUUGAAGGAGCUGUGCGAGAAUACACUGAACUCACUGGUUGACGAAGAUUCGGUGCUUUGCUUGUUGGGCAUUGCGGAUCGAUACAUGGCCACCGCUUUGAAGUCGAAUUGCCUAUCGUUCCUAUCGCAGCAUGCGAAUGUCACAAAGCAGGAAAUGUUCAAGGAGUUACCACAGACUUUACAGUUGGAGGUCAUGGAUUUGGUGCAUUGGUAUGGACGGGUUUCUGAGCCCUGGAGUGAUGGCUUCAAGUCGCGUAGCGGUUCGCGUCACAGCUUAAAGAGCCCAUCAAAGCCGCGCUCAAGGUCUCGGAAAUCCUCACCUUCUUAUAUAUGACGCUGACCGCGGAGCUCUAUGUCGUAAAAAAAACAAUUUUUGCUGUUAGAGAGGCAUGCACAACCAGCAAUAAAGGACACUUUUCAGACUGAAAAAGAAAAAACGAUGGGGCCAGAGUAAAUUGGUGUCACGGGUGUUUUAAUUAUGCAUUCCAAGAGCAAACAAACAGAAAUAAUGUUAAGUUGUGACUCGCUACGUUUUGUCAGACACAAGAUUCGUUUUGCUAAAGUUAAAAACAUUGUUUAUCUGAAAUUUAUAGGCUACCUAGUAAUGCUGCAAGUGCACGCAAAGCAAACAAUUUCUCAAUGUAAUCAUACUCAAACAUUGGAUUGGACACAACUCCAAUAAUAUUAUACUUAAUACGUGGUGUACUCUCCAAUUUGCCGUUCGCAUAUUCUUGCUGAUGUUAGCGGUACUUGUAGUUAGGUGUAAUUCAAAAGGCUAUUGUGUUGUGUUACAGAUUUUCGAAAUGUUAACUUAUUUAUAACUAGCAUAGUCUACUUUUUAAACUAUAUAGUGAAGCUAUGGUACUGAUACAUAUCCUUGUUGCGUACUUGUACAUUUGUUAAAUAUUAUAUUCUCUGAACGAACUUUUAUCUGUGUUGAAAUUAAGUAUUGUAAGCGGUUGAUUUAGACAAAUUUACCAUUUUGAAAAUGUUUAGAUAACGUGUUGUGGUAAGUGUAAAAGAAAUUUAUAGUGAAUUUUGUGGGGAACAAACAUAUUUUUAUUAUGCAAAUUUUCAAGCUGUUUAACAUAAAUAAACUCGUAUUUACAUGUAUUUUCUAGUUGUAAUCAAAAUAUGUAUUAAUUAAGUAUGAUUAGCGAAUAUUUUCGAAGAAAAGGCGGUAACUGGAUCUCCAAGAAAUUCCAAGACAAAUCUUGCUGCAAAUGAUUUACGACAAUUUCAAUGUACAAGUAAUCAUUAUGCUAGUGGAUAAUAUUCACUUAAUAUGUUUAUUGUUGUCUUUUAAUCCUUUGAACAAACAAAAUAUACUGUCUAUUUAAAAUGAA